AUGAUUGAUAUCUGUUGCUUAAAAAAAUUUGAUCAUGAAGGCUCUACAACCGGUGUUUUCAAGACCUUAGGGGGUUUGGAUUCCUAUGUUGCAGGGGAUGAUAAAUCCUAUGAUAAGGUUAUCGUAUUUUUGACAGAUAUUUAUGGACACAAAUUUAAGAAUACACAAUUAGUUGCCGACGGGAUUUCUCAAAUGACUGGGAUGAAAGUUGUGGUUCCUGAUAUCAUCGAUAAUGAUCCUUUGACUGAUCUUAGUAAAUUACAAGAAUGGUUUGGGAAGCAUGGUCCUCCAAUCACCGGACCUAUUGUGCAGAAAUUUUUCAAAGGUUUUGGAGAAGAACACAAACCGAAGAACGUAUUUGCUAUUGGAUUCUGUUUUGGUGCCUUAUUCAUUCCAGGAUUGUUAGCCGAAGAUGGUCCUUUAACUGCUGGUGCAAUGGCUCACCCAACAUUAUUCGGAGCUGAUGCUUUCGAUAAAAUUAGAAAACCAAUUUUGAUUUCUGCAGGUGCUGAUGAUGUUAGAUUCACUUCAGAGCUCAGAGAUGCUGCGGUUGCAAAGCUUCUUGCCAAUAAGACUAGAUUUGAAUUGAAUUUGUUUCACAAUGCUCCUCAUGGAUAUGAAAUCAAAGGUGAUAUGUCAGAGCCUUUAGUCAAAUAUGCUAAAGAAAAGACAAUGUUAGAUCAAGCUGCUUUCUUUUCUAGUUUUACAUAG